GCGCGAUUCGCGAGCUUCCGAAUUCUCUUCGGAAUCGGAUCGUGGCCACUCGGCUGAGACGCGAGUUUUCCGUGGGAGACGCGGAAAAAGGGCGCCUCUCUCAAAUUACCUCGACGCAUUUCGCGAAACUGGUAAACCGCACUGGAAGCAAGAGGUGGCUGAUUAAACGCGAUUACGUGCGUCCCGCGUUAUUAAUACUCGAGCUAACCUCAUUUGUUUAUCGGUGGGUACACGCACCGAGGCUACCGAGAGAAGUAUAUCCAGAAACAAGAUCUCCGCUGCGCGCACGGGCGCGGCCAGCGCCACCUACUGAAAACAAAAAUGGUGGCGAGCAAUAUGCCCUAUCCCUGCCCCGCUUUAAUGGCACGCCAAAUGUCUGCGUUCUCUAGGCUUCCUUCUACUAUGUAUUCCCCUCCGACCGAUGUAUCUGAUUUCGCUGUGAACAGAGGGAAUCCCAUUCCGGUGGCUCCCGAAACACGACGUGUCACUCGCCUUACAUAAUGAAAUUAGCCGCGCACGAUCCCGCAUGUCAGUUCCACGCCCGUAAUAUGCGUCGUCCGCCGCAAGAAACACGAGAGUCCACCGGACACGACGGCAGCCCAGCUCAGAAGCUCCGUUCUACCGUGGUUUGCUAUUGUCAGAUUUCUCAUAGACGGGUAAUGUCUGAUAGAGCAAACACGAUGAAGCUGGAAGCUGAGAUGGCUGCGCCUUUGCAUCUGCAGAGACUGGAACGUAGCCUGAAUAUACAGCCUUUCUUAAAGCAGAUCAAUGAUCUCUUUCAAGAACAACCUAGUGAAGAUGACAAGUCUGUGUCAUCGGAAUCUUCUGAUGGUUCAGAUGCUUAUCUCGAAAAUGUACCCACUCGAAAAGAAGAAGCAAGAAUCAAUAAGUUGAGGCUGUACAAUAUGUCUACUGUAGGAGAAGAGAGACGCUGGUUGCAAGAUAUUCUUCUAAGUGAUUCCUCUGAUAGUUCUGAUACAGAUAGUCAAGUUACGGAAGAAGAUUUUCAAGACAUGUUGAAGUUUCACAUAUUACGAAAAAAAUAUCAAGGCCGUUUUUACCAGAAACCAGAAAACAUACAAUAUCAAUAUUAUAGUGCGGGUUUACUAUCGAAUUAUGAUAGAUUUUUGGAGCAUCAAAAAUUGAUUGUCGGAAAUAAAAAGAAGAAAGAAAAAAAGCCAGAUAAAAAAAUCAUGAAAAUCAAGAAGGAAAAAAUGAAUCGUCACUGUACUGAGGAAUAUCGUAAAGGAGAAUUUCCGGAGGGAGAAUGGGAUAAAUCAAUUCCUAGAGAGGAAGAGUUAGACGAAUCUGAAUUAGAAGCUAUCAUGCGUCAUCAGCCUCGAGGUAGAGGAAGAAAAAAGCAUAAUACCAAGAGUGUUGAAGUGAUGACGAUGAGAAGAAGAAAAAUAUGGGUGAUGAUGUCUAAAAAGGAACUAGGAAAAGUACAAAGGGCCAAAACCAAUAAUCAUAAGGAAAUGCUAAUAAGUUGUAAGAAAGUAGCGCAGCAUUGUAUGAAAUAUUGGAGGCAGAAAGCUAUGCAAUCGCAGAAAAAUAUGAAAGAGACUAUCUGGCGGGCAAAACGCUUGACAAGAGAAAUGCAAUCUUAUUGGAAGCGUUACGAUCGAGUCGAACGGGAAACUAGAAGAAGAUUAGAGAAAGAAGCUGAAGAACAACGUAAAAUGGAUGUAGAACUUAUUGAAGCUAAACGUCAGCAAAGAAAAUUAAAUUUUCUUAUUACUCAAACAGAAUUGUAUGCUCAUUUUAUGUCGCGAAAAAUAGAUAAAGCCUCGGCAGAGGAACAGUUGAGAAUCUUGAAUCAGUUGGAUGAAGAAAAAAAUCCCAGACUUAUUGGCAUCGACGAUUAUGAUGGUGACAUCAUGAAACAAAAGGCAAAAAGAAAUGCUACUGAAGCGUUUAACAAUGAAAAGGCCAGGACCAAGCAAUUUGAUACAGCUGCUGCAUCUCAAGAGUUACGUCUCAGUGAUACACCUGAGAACCUGGAGCAUCCGCAACCUUCAAUUUUCAAGGGAAAUCUGAAAGGUUAUCAAUUAAAAGGAAUGAAUUGGUUGGCAAAUUUAUAUGACCAGGGUAUUAGUGGAAUACUGGCCGAUGAGAUGGGUCUGGGAAAAACUGUACAAUCCAUAGCAUUUUUAUGUCAUGUUGCCGAGAGAUAUUCUGUUUGGGGACCAUUCUUAAUUAUAUCACCAGCUUCAACAUUACAUAACUGGCAGCAAGAAAUGGCGAGAUUUGUACCAGUAUUCAAAGUAGUUCCAUAUUGGGGUAAUCCUCAAGAACGCAAGAUACUCAGACAAUUUUGGGAUACUAAAGACUUGCACACAAAGGAAGCUUCUUUCCAUGUAGUAAUAACGAGUUAUCAAUUAGUAAUUACGGAUUAUAAAUAUUUUAAUAGAAUAAAAUGGCAGUAUAUGAUCUUGGACGAAGCACAAGCUAUAAAAAGCACAAGCAGCAUGAGAUGGAAAUUGUUAUUGGGAUUUAGUUGUCGUAAUAGAUUAUUGCUCAGUGGUACUCCUAUACAAAAUAGCAUGGCAGAAUUAUGGGCGUUACUACAUUUUAUUAUGCCUACACUAUUCGAUUCGCAUGAUGAAUUUAACGAGUGGUUUUCCAAAGAUAUCGAAAGUCACGCAGAGAAUAAAACCGGAAUAGAUGAAAAACACUUAUCAAGGCUUCAUAUGAUCCUAAAACCUUUUAUGUUACGAAGAAUAAAAAAGGAUGUGGAAAAUGAAUUAUCCGAUAAGAUUGAAGUGAUGGUAUAUUGUCCGCUUACAACUCGUCAAAAGCUGCUUUACUCAGCGUUGAAGAAAAAAAUUCGAAUAGAGGAUUUGCUGCAUUAUACAGUGGGCGGAGGAGACACUGCGUCUAACGAUAAAAACUUUACUUCCAAUCUAAUGAAUCUAGUCAUGCAGUUCCGGAAGGUCUGCAAUCAUCCGGAACUUUUUGAACGUAGGGAUGCUAAAUCGCCAUUUUUUAUGAAUACAGAAUUUUAUAAUAUGCCUGCUUUGCUGUAUAACGAAGGACUUUUACAUCUAGCAUUAUCAUCCAAAGAUCAUCUAUUGUAUAAUAGGUUGUUUAUAUUUACCGCAGAAUAUAUUCACCGUGCUCUACAUUGCAACGAAGAUUUGCACGAAAAUACAUUUUCAUUUAGUAGAUUUAUCAAUUUGUCUCCGAUGGAAUUAAAUAAAGUAUUCAUCGCCGGUACUUUAUUCAGAUUAUGCCUGAUAACGUUCAUGAAGAGAAGGUUAAGAAUGGUACAAUACUGCGAAAAUUGGCAUGCCGAUGAUAGAUCGAGAACGUCUACAAACCAAAUGUUUUAUUUGCCCAAAAAAUUUGACGCUUUGUCGACAACCUUGCAAGAUAUAUUUUUUACCAGCAAAAUAGUCGAGGGCGAGGCUCUCUACACACAUACCAAUCAUACGAUACAUUCGAUGCCGGAAACUGUCGCCCACAGAAUACUACGUAGUAGUAAAAAAGCUAAUCAGUUAUUAAAAUUACAAAGAAUAUUACCCACCGGUAAGAUGGAUCAAACGGAAGAUUCGAAAUUGGCUCUGCUUCCUGAACAUCCUCAUCACCCGCGGCAGCUUAUGAUGCGAUAUUGCCAACAAACAACGAUUCCUGCCUUUGUUUGCGAUAAUAAUCCCAAGGUUCAAGCUAGUCCACGAAAAUUAUACGUCAGUAAUAGUUCUGCAGCAUGCGCCUGGAAGAGGCACGAGGAAUGCGGUGGCUCGUUUGGUCAAAGGUUACUUUGGCUUGGUUGUGAACGAGCACUUUCUGAAGAAAAGUUGGGCAUUCGUGCCAGCCAAACAAUGUCAACGUUUUCUUAUCAGCCGCAGGGUGGAUUAUCUGCGUGUAUCCCUAUUAAUGGAUGGUCGCAUAUCAUUGUACCGGACAAACAAACGUUAGUGACAGACGCUGGCAAGCUUUCUGUACUGGACAGUCUUUUACGGCGUCUGAAAGAACAAGGUCAUAGGGUAUUGAUCUACUCUCAAAUGACAAAAAUGAUCGACUUGCUAGAGGAAUAUAUGUAUCAUAGAAAACACACAUUUAUGAGAUUAGAUGGUUCGUCAAAAAUCUCAGACCGUCGGGACAUGGUGGCAGAUUUUCAGAAGAGGGCGGACAUAUUCGUCUUUCUGCUUAGCACUAGGGCUGGCGGCCUGGGAAUCAAUCUCACUGCGGCAGACACGGUGAUAUUUUAUGAUAGUGAUUGGAACCCUACUGUAGACCAACAAGCUAUGGAUCGCGCCCACAGACUGGGACAGACCAAGCAAGUCACGGUCUACCGAUUAAUAUGUAAAGGAACUAUCGAAGAACGAAUUUUGCAGAGAGCGCGCGAAAAGAGCGAGAUUCAACGUAUGGUCAUAAGCGGUGGAAAUUUCAAGCCCGAUACUUUAAAACCUAAAGAAGUCGUGUCGUUGCUAUUGGAUGAUGAGGAAAUUGAGGCGAAAUACAGCCAACGAAGCGAGGAGAGAAAGCAGCAGCGAGCGGAGGAGGCUCGCCUCGAGUCGAACCUACAGCACAAGGAGAGGGACCGGAAGAGGAAGUUAACCGCGCUUCCGGUCAAGAACGAUGCGAAGAAGCCAUGUCAGGCAGAUGCUAAUGGCGACAAGAACAACGAUACCGUUUACGUUAAUCUUAAUGAGCCUAAACCGGCUACCAAUCCGAUUCAGUCACAGCACCAGAACAAUCACCAUCAACAACAGCUAGAAAAUAUAGAUAAUUACAGUACACCGACCAGCCCGGCUAAGUCAGAAGAUGAAACGAGCAACGAGGGACUUGUAGUCGAUGUGGACGGUCCGGUGGCGGUUUCCGGUGGCGAUCCCCAUGGACAGCCCCGAGGCAGUCUCCAGUUCGGAGAAUCUCCAUCUAAGAUCGCCCGACUCGGACAUCAUUUCACCUUCGGCAUGAGUGCAAACGCGCGAAUGCGACAAUCCGUACGUGGUGCAAGCAAACGCGGUCGACCGCGAGGUUCUCGUAGAGGUGGGCCAAUUGGCGGUAAAGGAAGAGGAUUGCUUUUAACGAAUCCGUCAUCGAAGAUUUCGAACGUGGCCAGUGAACCGUCGUCCACAGCGAUGUCACCGAUUGACGGAGGUGGAUGCUCGAAUGAGGUGUUGCGACACUGGACGCCUGCGACUUCUGAUCCUGCGGACGGGGACGGUCCCAGCACGGUGGGUCCACUGGGACCGGUGGGCACUUUGAUACCUACGUCAGGACGCAGCGGUAAUGCUGGGAUUCGUCGUGGUCCUGGUAGACCACGAUUACGGCCGACUGGGCCUGGACAUCAGGGCUAUCGCACCCCCGGUCACCAUCAUGGCAAGAAAAUUCAGCGGCCGCUGCCAGUACCUAUCAGAUCCCAUCAGACGACCGCGGGGGUCGGUCAGCAAAAAGCAUCUUCAUCGCAGAAGCGUGCCGGCAUAUCGAUGACCGGUAAACCGUCAUCGUCAUCGUCCUCAGUCGCACCUGCGAAUUCGACACCAUUAUUAUCUUCGUCAUCGUCGUCAUCGUCGUCCUCAAUGUCAUUGGCGGAAUCGCGACCUUUCGGAUUUUACACGCAGCAACAGCCACGUACAGGAUCAUCGUAGUUUCGCGGAAGAGGAACAGUGAUUUGAUUUCAAGUUCGGCCUGGUUAAACAAUGCACUGCACUCUUGCGAUACCGGUAAGGUGUUCUCGAGAUAUUUUUGUGUAUUUUCUUUUCACUAGGUGCCGAAAUUUCUACAGCUGGAUCAUCCGCGAUAAUCAGUGGAUUAAUGGAGUGAAAAAAGUCACGCGAUUUAUUUUUCGAAAUUCAGAUUUGAUACGAUAAAAUAUCGUAUAUAUAUUUAUUGUAUCUCGUGAGAUACAAUAAGCAUUUGACUUUUCUGCCAGUGAUGUUUCUGUACGCGUGACUCGAGCGUGCAAUUCCGAUAAGCGUUAGAUUUCUCGUCCCACCCUCCCCCCCUUCUCUCAUCCUAAAUUAUAACUAUAUACGAAAGGAGGCAGAGCGAUUGACAAUAUCUAGGUACAGUUACGGUGUUAUGAUUAUAUUGCACAAUUAUAUUUAUUUUAGUUACGGCGUAAGAAAUACGGCGGAACUCGUCGUCGUACGUUAGAAAAUACAAUCGUCGACGUCAGUUAGGUACUUAAUUCGACGCUUGCCUUCGAAUCCUUCCGGUCGGAUUCGUCUCCUCGGUUUCACAGCAAUUUGGAUCGUGCUCUUCGAUUGAACGCGCAGGGAUGAAGUUCUUGUGGGAUACUUACUCCGCCGCGGGAGUGAAAGGGGUCGGUCUCUGUUAUUAAUCUGUCGAUCCGAUUCUACGUAUGUGGUACAAGUGUAGCUCUCGUUUUUUAACUCUAAGUAUACAAUUAGGUAAUCGACACGACGUGUCGUCGCGCGCACGUCGGCGCCGAAUUCUGACGACGAUCAUCGACAGAUCAGAUCUCCGGCGAAUACGUCGACGAAAAAGGGGUCGUAUCUUAGAUAUCGCCUCCUUCGUCCUCUCCAUCGAUCGCUCUCUCGGCGUCUUUGUACAUUGUUCAUUAACGAUAGCAUUAUUCCGUCACUAGACUCGGUUAGCCGAUAUUUUUUAUGCAUAUUACGAGACGUCGUUUAGGCCAAUUCAAUUUGUAAAAGAAUAGUAUUUAUAUUAGCAAUAAACGGUCAAAAAUUCCAUCUUCACGAAU